UAUGUGAUGAACAUGUUCAUCAGCUCCAACCUCUCCAUAACAGAGACUCUAUGGCCCAUGGAUUCUUCAAGCCAUUGAGUCCAACAACAGCAGUGAAGAGACAUUGCGAGGCCAUUGAGUUCUCUGAACAGGUCCGAUAUCUUCCACUACUUUUGCCAGAGAAAAUUUGUGCCUGUUCAGAAAGUUCCUGCAGGUUGAUCAGUGGCAAGCCCAUUAUUGUAAUACAUUUUGAUGGACGGUACAAUCUCACCCUUCCAUCACUGGAGACAUCAUGCUGCGGGAAAACAUGGGCAGUGGGGCUCAGUGAUCUCCUCAAGUCUGGGUACUGGCCAGCCUCUAUACAUUUUGAGACCGUGUAUGAGGCUGGCCUUUUUAGGUCUUUUCUGGAUUUAAAACUUUUUGCUCCAGGUCUUUCACGUCAAGCGUUCCUUGGAAUGCUUGACCAGAGAACAGAGUACAAUGGCAGGAGUGGUAAAAUAUGUGGAGACACAUUCCAGAAAGCCUUGCUGGAGUGGACCUUUGCCCAGCAUGAAGUUGAGAGGCUUUGUGGUGUACAGCCAUUUAAAUGUCCUGCUUGCAGUCCAUCCAUGCAUGCCAUCUCAGUAGAUGGCAACAGGAAGCUGUACAGAUUCAACAAUGCACAUGGCACAGAGAAGGGCUACUUCGAUGGGACAUUUAUAAUGAAGGAUGAAGAUGUUUCCUCCUUUGUGGCAUAUGUUCAUGAAAAGACCAAGCAUGCCACAGGUAAAGGGGUGUGUGGCUCUUCUCAAUGGACAGCAGCCAAGGAGUCUGCAAAAAAGUCGACAUCAAAGAUUGAUGAGGAAGGCCUUGAGAUUGCUGUGUGCCGACAUGGAGGACUUUUAAAGGGCCUAAAUAUGUUCAGAGGGGAAAUAUUUGCUUAUCCCCUGUUCCUUCAAAACACCCUCUCAAAAGAAAAUGUGUCAUUCUUCUGCUCAGAUGUCGCCUGCAAGUACUGGCCAUACUUAAAGAGAGUGGUGGGACACUGUCCAGAGCUAAGGCCUUUAUUAAAUAUGCACCCACUAUUAUCUGUUAUGCAUGCCAAAGCACAUGAGUGGAGUUGUGAGAUAAAAUGGUCUGGAAGAAACCAAGAGGGAGCUGGUCUUACAAUUGGAGAAGAGGUGGAGCAAGUCAACUCCUUCUUGUCGAGAGCUGCAAUUUGCACUAAAUACAUGUCCAAAGCUGCACGUUCAGACAUGCUCACUGUUCUUGCCUCUGCAUGGAACAAACGGAAGUCUGAAAAUCUGGCCAAAUGUUUGUCUCAAAGAUACAUUAAGACAACCGAAAGGCUGAAAGUGGAAAGGGAGAGCUUUGAAAGUCUGCAGGCUGAGCUUAAUGUCAGUGAGGAUGACAUUCGGCAGUGGGUCAGUGAUGUCCAGCAGUGGGCCACAGAUAGCAACAAGAGAAGGCACAAAAUAAGGAGGAAAAUUAAUGAAGACAAGUCAACCUUGGCAGCUGCCAUUAAGGACUUCAAUGAACAGUCAGUCCACCAGCUUCCUUCUGUGGAUGAACUGCUCACAGCUGAUCAUUUCCAAUGGCCAUGGGAAUGCCCUGACACUAGUAAUGGCAACCUCUCAACUAAGAAGAUGGUCUUUGACCGGUUCAUGAUGCUUUCCCGACUGAAGGAGGAGGAGCAGAUCAUAGUGAUGGAGGUGAAGCAACACUGGCAAUCACUGAAGGAAGCUGAAUGUUCCCUGAGGGAUCUCUCAGUUCAAAUACAAACUAACAACAGUGACUUUGAGCUUUCAGAGGAGAGUGCCAAUGGACCUUCAGUUUCUGCAAAAUAAUGCUAGGAUGUUAUACCGGCAGUGUGUUCUGGGACAGGCUUCGGACAGCAUUCUAUUUGAUAACAUUUCCGAUGAAGAAACUGAGGCAAUAAACUACAGCUCUGAUGAAACAGACAGUGAUGAGGACUAAACCUGAGUAUAGAAUAGACAGAUACUGAAGAACUAUUUUAAAAAGCUGUUUUUCUUUCUUUUUUUUUUCACUGUGAGAAACAUUUUAGCAUAGUAACAGAAUCUAUUUAAUAUUUUACUUAUCCUAAUGGAAAUGAGAUUAAGGUUCAGCAGUACAAGUUUUGACUAUGUUACGACCCACUCGUUAUAAGCCGCAACAUAAAAGAGGGAUUAGACCACGAAAUCAAAUUUCCAAAAAAAGAUUUAUUAAGUCCAACAAAUUAUACAAACGAAAACAAUAAACAGAAAAAAAAAAAUCUAGGGGUGUAUCAGAAAGUAAAGAAUAACAAAGGAAUUAUGCUACAUGCCAGGUCAACACAAAAAUGAGCCACCCCCGAGGAAAGCUCCCCAGAAAGUGCCUC